UGGAGGCAAUUCAAAACAUUUGUACGCGGAAGCAGAAAACCAACCAACGACAGCAACAACCAGCCCUCCGUCCUCGCCCUUCCGUCGAUCAGCCUGUCCUUUCAGCAGCAUACACCCGGGGCAAAUCAUGUCGUUCACGCCAACUCGCCCGAACGACGAUAUUCCAGUCUUUGGUUCUGUCAGUCCGCUAAAACCUGUCUUCAAACUUCCACCUGGAUACACUCCUCCUCAACCGCAGAAGACAGCUGCUCAAAAGCCGCCUGCAUCGGAUUUGAGAAAGGUCGCUCUUGCUGGGGCUUCGACGGCGCGGGAGGUGGAUGGAUCUGGGUUUAGGGAUCCACAAAAAUCCUCUCAACCGCCUCAUCAUCAGCUGCAGAGACAUAAUGGAGGACAUCAGCAGGGGCAGAGUAAGCAUGAUAAAGCAGCCCAGCUCCUGGGGCAGCCAUCAAGGCCGAGUUACCGUCCUCCUCAGCAGGGCCAUCAACAGAGACCGCACCACCAGCAACAAUAUCACCAGAAGCCGCAAAACCACCAAAUUUUAGGCAGGUUCUGGUAUUGAGGUUGCUGCUGCUGCUGCUGCUGCUGCUGCUGCUGCUGCUGCUGCUGCUGCUGCUGCUGCUGCUGCUGGUUUUG